CCAGAGGCGCCUCCUCUCAUAAACCUCCCCUAACAGCAGUAAACUUUCCCAUUACUUCCAAGAGAAGCAGCGGCUCACUGUUAGGAAGUUUGCGUGCGACCUAUAUGGCACACUUGUAGCAGGGUAGCCCACUCCCUGGCCAUUUUUAUUUACCCCUACGGUGUAUGGAAAGUGCUCCUGGAUGGACCUGGGCGAAAACAGCUGGUCUAUGGUCAAGCGAGAAGUGUCCAGCAGCCCAGGGUCACCGGCUGAGCAGAACUACCUGCCCGGUGACAGCAGGAGGGAAGGUCCCACCUCGGAUGAGCUGAGGACACCUCCGAACGAGCUUGACGCACUGGGGCACCGUCGCUCCGACAGCAGAUCACUGCACUCCUACCUUCACUUCGGACACCAUAACAACACCCUGACCACUACCGAGGAUAUCCCGCUCUUUACGGAUUUAGACCAGGGGAGCAAACUCGUCCUCUCCACCGGACCACACAAGACAAGCUUGCUGGUAGAUCCGGCCGACAUGUACCAAACACUGGCCAUUGCGGCGGCCCAGAGCCAGACUGGAUAUGAUUCGACAUCUGGUGGUUAUAUGCACUCCAACCCCAACUCCCCUGUGUAUGUCCCUAGCUCGCGGGUUGGCCCCAUGAUACCCAGCCUGCCUUAUCUGCAGGCUAGUGGAUCUACUCAGCCCAGUCACGCCGUCUCCAGUCACUCGGUCUGGUCACAGUCCCACCCCAGAGAGCCCUUCAUACAGCACCGGAGCCCGCACGCCUCCAGUCGUUUCCACUACCCUCCAAGUCCCCCCAUCAAUAACGGGACGCCCAGGGACACGAGCUACAGUAAUACACUGAAUGUGAGCAGCAGAGACCAGUACGGCCUUUCUCGUCCCCUUAGUGGGACCUACCCGAGUCCAUAUUCCCCUUAUGUUGCACCCCAGCCCUCGCCUUGGCCCGGGGCACCUUUUGAUAACACGAUGCUCCACACCUUGCAAAGCAGGAGUGCGCCCUUGAUUCGAGGACCAAACGGAGAUAUUCUCGACGACCUGGGGGAGAGCAGGGAGUGCGUAAACUGCGGCUCGAUAUCCACGCCGCUGUGGAGGCGCGACGGCACGGGCCACUUUCUCUGCAACGCCUGCGGCCUCUAUAGCAAAAUGAAUGGUCUGAGCCGGCCAUUAAUUAAACCACCCAAACGCACGUCCACGUCCAGAAGAAUCGGCCUUUCCUGCGCCAACUGUCAAACUAGCACGACCACUCUGUGGCGCAGAAACGCGGAGGGAGAGCCGGUGUGCAACGCGUGCGGCCUCUACACCAAAUUACACGGAGUACCCCGACCUCUCGCCAUGAAGAAAGAGGGAAUCCAGACAAGAAAACGAAAACCGAAAACUUUGAAUAAAACAAAGGGAUCUUCUGGAAGUAACAACUCUGUCUCCAUGACUCCUACAUCCACCUCUUCAUCCAAUUCGGAAGACUGCUCGAAAACCAGCUCUCCCUCCGGAGUGUCAGGGGUGAGUUCAUCCGUGCUGUCUAGCUCAGGGGAGGGAGCAGGCUCGGGCUCAGCUGUGAAGUACCCGGGACAGGACGGCCUGUACAACAGCGUUGGCUUGACUCAAUCAUCAGAUGUGGCUUCAGUGAGAGGCGAACCCUGGUGCCCCAUGGCCUUAGCUUGAACAUCUUAACCUUCUGGGUGGACAGAAAUCCCCUGGCUCCUUCUGUCUGGAUUCUGUGUAUUGUGGAAGUAUUUGGAGGCAGUGUUGGUUUCCUUCCCUCUCAGCUAAUGCAAGAAGAGUUGGAUGGGUAGGGGGAAAGAAGUUUGAGAUGAACUUAAGUCAGACUAGAAGCUUGAAUCAAGCAUGGAGUAUCUGCGAUUGGGUUCCAGAUUGAUGUGAGGAUCUUUUUUGCCUUAAAAUACAACAACAAAGGGAAACACCAGGCCAGAUGAUCAAUUAGGUGGCCUGCUAUGGAUGGUUGCUGGACCUGCACUCAGUAUCUCUCCCAUCUGUGGCACACAGAACCAAAUCUGGGUUCCUCAAAGAAAGCCAUCUUGUACAUAAUGGAUUUCUCUUUGAAGCUGUUGAUUGGAUAUCAGUGCUUCAUACAGCGCUGUACUCUUUAAAGACUUUGAUUUUUUUUUUCUCCCAAAACUGGAAUCAUGCCAUAAGUGCCAAGACAACUUAUAUGAAUCAAAAGAAAAAAAUAUUUAUAAAUCUUCCAUAGUUGAAAGCAUGGCUAUGAUUGUCAAUAAAGAUAUCAAUGUAGAGUAGAAGUUAAACCAUUCUGAUGUCUUCUUUUCUAUUUUCUCUCUUGAUAAGUGGUAGUACAGUAGUGUUGAAUGUGCACGUUUUCCACUGAAAGCUCUUACUGUAUUUGACUGAAACUAGUUUGGUUUAAACAGGGUAUAAAUGACUAUAUCACAUUGUGUUGUGUUUAAAUCGUUUUAAAAAAAGAUGCAAAACAAUCAAGUUCUUGAGACAAUUUUUUAUUUUUUUACAUGAGAACACUGUUGGCUGGCGGGCGGCAUUAAGGUACUACUCUCGAAGCAGAGCUACAAAAUCUCGUGCAUGUAAAACAGCUGGAUGGCUUGUUUGAACAAGAAUGCCCAGAAUAGCUGUAGGCCCCGCUGACCUUUAUGUCCUUAGCCAUAAACUGCAAAUGAAGGCUCCUGGCCGCACUACCUGACUCACUAUAAACUGUAUACCUUUCAUAAUAAUAACAUGUGCCGUUGCAUCAUUUCUAAACAAAGUUAGACCAAAGUGAAGAGUGAGCUCACCUCUGAACAAAUCCAUGCUUUUUUUUUUUUUUGAUGAUUGUGAUGAAUCGCUGUAAUGAUUAAAAGGAGAAUUGUAACGCAACAUGUUCUUAAAAAGUGCAACCUCAUUGUGAUGAAAAAAAAAACUGCAGUUCACAGCCAAAUCAUAAAUUUUUAGAAGUAGUUUGAUUUUCAUAUUGUUGCAUGGCCUCAGCAAGUGGUGUGGGACCAUUUCAGGCCUAAGAAAAAACAAAACAAAAAAAAAACAGUUCCCAAGAGACUGAAACCUGAAGGCUGUCUGAUGAGUUACAUGUAAAUUUUAGCACAAAGAGUUUUUUCUUUGCUUUUGUUCACAACUUGCUUCAGCCAAAAAGCUCAUGUCAUCUACUCGACCGGACUUAUUUAUUUUUCUUAAAUAACAUGUUUUCUUGUUGUUUUACUAUUUUCUUUUCUUUUCUUCUCUCUCUUUUUUCUUUGAAUAUUAUGAGAAAUUAUUUUAUUUAAAUUCAGUCCAAUAAAUUGUUCUGGUGAUGCAAAUAAAUCUGCAGUUUGUUUUAAAAGAAGAACAUUGUUUUAAAGAAAACACAUCAGUGUCUUGAAAUUAUAGAAAGAACCACCGUCUGCAUGAUAGUACUGCAGCAUAUUUUUGUAUGAGUCAUUCCAUCUAUGCUUUAACUCCCCAUUUCUCCUUGGCUGAAUGGAUACCAAAGAGCUUUAUUUUCUCAGAUGUUUUCGUGACUGGGAGGAAAGUAGAAGACAUCAUGGCCAGCUAAUGCGAGACAAGAAUUUCGCCUAAAAGUUGCACCUCGGGAUGAAAAUGACGUUUCCAGCUUUGCUGGGUGGUUUGCUUCCAAGCUUGUGUUUCAUUAAAGCAAACCUUUAUUCUUUCUGGCGAUGUUUUCACUCGAGAGUUUUCCUUUUCUCGUGGCCCCUGUGGGCUUAAAGAACAAUCCACUUUCCUGUGUCCUCUUGAACCAGCAGCUCAAAGUACCUGUCACAAUGUUUACUGUACUUAAGAGAAUAUGGCCUGUGAGUAAUUCCACAUGAAAAGAUUUUAGAGAUGGUUAGGAUUUAUGCCUGAGCUUAGCGUUAUCUGUCUGCUCUUUGACAUAUUGAUUCAGCUAAGUUUAUUGAGUGUGGAGGAAUGUGCGGCACUGCAUAACAGACAAAUCCAGUUUGGAGGUGAACAGUUAUUGCACCUAUUUCUCUUAUUUGACUUUUGACAUUAGAUUGGAAUGAUACAUUUUUUGCAAUUUCCUUCAUAUUCAUCAUAAUGUUUGCUUUUUUUUUUUUCUUUUUCUUUUUAAAUUUUCCUGUGUUCAACCCUGUUGAAAAUGUGGUGAAU